AUUAUUUUUGUCUACUGUAAAUCAUUAAAUGUAGAGGAGCCUGCAAGGCAAUAUGAACAAAUUUCACCGGGACCGGACUAUGAGGCGGGAGAAGAAGAGAAACCGUUGCCGGCUUUCUACGGAGAGCCGGUUCCAGACGAUGACGAUAUAAUUAUUGAAGGUACUAAACGUAAAUCGAAUUUGCGGAAGAAUGUUGUGCAAGAAGAGGAACCAAUUCCAGGAGAUGAAAAUGUGGAGAUCGAUUUUUCAUUAUAUUUAGACAAUGCUGACCUACACAUAAAAGCUAGUGAAAAUAACAAUUUCUUGAUCGAUCCUGAUAAUGGUGAUGGUUUUGCUCUUAUGUGGGGUGGAGCGCGGUCGAACUUUGGAAUAGAAGUCCCUGAGGACUCCAAUGGUUUCCCAAAAGUGGCUUUCCAAGCUAAAAUAAAAGAGUUCCUCCCCAUAAUCCAUCUUCCUUUUGAAGAAUUGGAUCCUCACGAUAUUCGUGUUGGAUGGUCAUUAGGAUCUACUAGCAACAUACUUGGUGAGUCGCCGCAUUCAUUUGGGUACAGCUCUCUUGCUCGGAAGGCCGUGAAUAGUAUAUUCACUGAUUAUGGUGAGCCGUUUCAUAUCAACGAUGUGAUAACAUCGGUUCUGGAUCUGGAGAAAAGUGAAAUAUCAUAUUACAAGAACGAGCAGUUUCUGGGAGUGGCAUUUUCGGAUCUUGGUCUGUCAUCAGGGGACGUUAUAUUUCCGCAUAUAUGUACUAAAAACUGCAAGGUUGAAGUUAAUUUUGGUGACGCUUUGACCCUUUUGAAAAGUGAUAGUAGUGAAGAAUCAAACUUGAAAUACAUAAAUGGCUUGGACAGAAAAUUUUUGAUAAGAGGUCCUGUUGCACCUUCCAGUAAAAGCGAUUGUACUGUGUUAAUGAUGGUCGGUUUACCAGGCGUUGGGAAGUCAACUUGGGUUAGACAGUAUUUGAGAGAUCAUCCGCAUGAACAAUGGACUCUGCUGAGUACUGAUAUCAUUAUCAGCGCAAUGAAAGUUAAUGGAAUUGCAAGAAGCAAAGGAAGAUGGGAUAUGAUCAUGGGCCUCACUGCUAAAGCCAUGAACCGAUCUCUGCAUUUGGCUUGCAGACGCAGAAGAAAUUACAUCAUUGAUCAAACGAAUGUUUCAAAAGAAGCAAGGAGAAGAAAGCUCUCUCAGUUUAAGGAUUUCCAAGUCCAUUCUUUUCACUUACUUUUCGCUUCAUUUGCUAUCCCUAAUAUUGAGAAUGAACCCAUAGAGGGCGUGUAUUUUGUCGAACCACCUUUGGAAAGAAUUGGGGAAGCUAUUGAGUUAGUAAACAGGUUGGCACUUUAUCUUCCUCUGGCUUUUCUUCUUCCGCACUAUUAUGCCUGCAUUUAA